AUGAUUCAGCAUUUAAAUAAUUCUAAUUUCAUCUAUUCUUAAAAUACUGAAUACAUAAAAUAUAAGCAAAUAAGUACCUCAACAAUAAAGGAAAAUUGCUCAUCAAUUACAAUUCCAGUCUUCAUUAGUAAUGAUGUAAACUUUGCUUAUUUAACUUAAUCUAUUUAUGUUCUUUAUGUGUGUCAAUUUUAUUUAUUAAUGAAUUAAAAUUAUGAGAAGUAUGAUGACAAUUUCUAAAUGAUCCAAAAACUUGAAGAACGCAAAAUUAAACAAAUAUUUUCUGAUAAUCUUUCGUUGUCGACACCUGCAUUUAUGAACACAUAGCGCAAACAGACGGAUAUUCAAUAUAUUCAUAAAGAAAGAGCCAUCAUGGAUGUGCGUUUAACCAAUGUCAUUUAGCUUGACCUUUGUCAAUUCCAUUAUAUCGAAGUGCCGUUAUUUGGUCACAAAAAGCCUCUUGUAAUUUAUUUCUAAUUCACCGAUUAAGCCAAAAUGAAAUUUUACAUCUCAAGUCACACCAUAACUCCAAACAGGUUUAACAAUGAGGAAUCUUUCGAAAGGAAACAAAUUCUUAGAUAUACAGAAUAGGGUGAGCACAUACUCUUCGCCCAACGUUGUUUGUAUCUGGCAAUCUUUUCUCAAUAAGCAACCACGAUUUACGCCAAGGCUUCAUUUGGAAUUAAACCGUAAUAGCAGUAGAAAAUGGAAACGGAAUCCAAAUUAAGACCAUCCACAGGUUAUCAAUUCACAAGGUCAUCUUAAUUCUUCUUCACAAGGAAACCAUCCAAAGAUAUGAUAUCGCUAAACAAGAAUAUUGAAUAAUAUUAGCCUGACAAAAUUAAACUUUAGCAGAAUCUAAAAAGGGUUCAGUCAGCUCGGAAACUCUCAGAGACUCUGCAUAAAAAAAAGCAAAUCUUCGAGGAAAAGAAAGAAACCUUAAAGGAGCGCUUUGAGUUCCAAGAGAAGAAAAAGAUAUUGAAGGAGAUCAUUCUCUACAGAAAUAAUAUUGAUAUCUUUCUAAAGGUCCAAUAAAAGUUGUGGCUUCAGAAUCUCUAUUUCAUUUAAUUGGUGUCCAUCAUCAAAAAGAGAUAUUAUGAUAAUAUCAUAUUCCAAUUUAAGUCGUCAAUUAAAAAAAGAAGACAAUAUAGAGUCAGAAAGGUGUUAUAAAAGAUGUUGCAAAAGUCUGGAAGAGAUAUAUUUCAAAGAACUCUUUUCCAAGGCCUUCUGAUAUUAAGAAUGUUAUCGAAGGUUAAGGAGAAGGGGGCGAAAAAGAAGGCAAAAAGGAUUGUGCAUACUUUUAUGAUGAGUUAUGGGUAAAUUGGAGAGAUCUUUUAGAAAACUUAUCAAUUUAAGAGAAGAAUGAGGAAGAUCAUCGAGGUUUAUAGGAAUUAUCGAAAGAGGGUCUAAGCGUAUGCCAAUAGGAUCAUCAUGCUUUGGAAUAAGUAUUGGAAUCAAAUUUACAUGGAAAUAAAAAAGGAAGAUUAGGAAAAAGUAAAAUAGAUCAAAAUGUAAAUGUAAAAGACAAUAAUUAACUACCAUAUUGAGGAGGAGAUUGUGAAAUCACCGUAUUUAGACAUUAAGGUAUAAGGUGUAAUUGUAAAUAACUAUUAUAAAGAAAUAAAAAAUUUAUAUGUAAGGAAAUGGAGGGUAUUAAAAAUUAAAGUGAAGUCAUCUAAGUUUUAAACUUUGAUGGCCACUUAAGCAUUUGAUAAGAAGAAUGAAUUAUUAUUAUUUACUAUUGUAGAUAAAAGUGUUUUAAAAUAAUUAAUCUAUAAGUAUAUGUAAGAAAAGGGGAUGAUAUAAAGUUUAUUAUUAAAGAAAAAUUGA